GGUGGCUUGCGCGUAUAACACCAUUGGUCAAGUGUUGCCAGCCAGCGGGAAUCGGCGGCCACGCUGCUCUCCAUUGUUCGCUGUCUGCCCCUGCUAUUCUACAUUCUGAACAUCAUAUAUCACGUAGAAGUAUAUGUGUGUGUGUGUACACGCAGCAAGUGUUUUCUCUGACAGAUUGAAUUUCUUCCUUCCUUUCCUUUUUGAUGGACGAGAACUUUCUCGACGAUAUUAUCCGGAGGCUUGUAUCGGCUAAGAACGGCAGAACGACGAAGCAGGUUCAGCUUACGGAGUCUGAAAUCCGCCAGCUCUGUGUCUCUUCCAAGGAGGUCUUUCUCAGCCAGCCUAAUCUUCUCGAACUCGAAGCACCGAUUAAGAUUUGUGGAGACGUUCAUGGCCAGUUUUCAGAUCUUUUAAGGUUGUUUGAGUAUGGAGGAUACCCACCAGAAGCCAAUUAUUUGUUUCUUGGGGAUUAUGUUGAUCGUGGUAAGCAGAGCAUAGAGACAAUCUGUUUACUCCUUGCAUACAAGAUCAAAUACAAGGAGAACUUCUUUCUUCUCAGGGGAAACCACGAAUGUGCUUCCAUCAAUCGUAUAUAUGGAUUUUAUGAUGAGUGCAAGAGGAGGUUUAAUGUUCGCCUCUGGAAGACAUUUACAGACUGCUUUAAUUGUUUGCCGGUUGCUGCUCUUAUAGAUGAGAAGAUCCUUUGCAUGCAUGGUGGACUAUCUCCUGAUCUUAAAAAUUUGGAUCAGAUAAGAAAUAUUGUUCGCCCUAUUGAUGUGCCUGAUCAGGGCCUUCUCUGCGACCUGCUCUGGGCUGAUCCUGAUAAAGAUCUUGAUGGCUGGGGAGAAAAUGACCGGGGUGUCUCAUUUACAUUUGGAGCCGACAAGGUUGUUGAAUUUCUUGGGGAACAUGAUCUUGAUCUGAUUUGCAGAGCUCACCAGGUUGUUGAAGAUGGAUAUGAAUUUUUUGCAAAACGUCAGCUAGUGACCAUAUUCUCUGCGCCAAAUUACUGUGGCGAGUUUGAUAAUGCUGGUGCUAUGAUGAGUGUGGAUGACACCUUGACAUGCUCUUUCCAGAUUCUCAAAGCUUCUGACAAGAAAGGGAAAGGUGGAUUUGGAAACAACUCGCAAAGACCAGGAACUCCACCCCAUAAGGGGAAGGGUUGAUGAACACAACAUCAAAGCGGUAACUCAAGUUUGUUGGGCGGGAUGGAGGCUCCUAUUGUUCAUCUUUAGUCAUGAUUCACAAGGUUUAUUGUACGAUGGCUUCCUUCUUUAACAGACAACCAACAACUGAUGACUGACAAGGGAUAAGGUCCCUCCCUCCCCCCCCCCCCACCCCGGGCUUUCCUUUUAAAUGGCUUAUUUCUUUCUUCUUUAAAUGUAAAAUCGAUAUUCAAACUUCAUUAGUUGGCGACAUUCAUAGCUUAUAAUCCUUCGAAAUUUCCAUUUCGAGUUACAUCAACUUGGCUCAAUCAAUACCAGUAUCACUAUAAAAUACUCUUCUUUUUUA